AAAAAAAAAAAAAGAAAAAAAACAUUUGCUAAUCAAUUAACUCCUAUUGUUAAUCAGUGUAAAAGAUUAUUUAUUUACCACAAAAUAUUGUUUGAACAUAAAAAAAAAUGCACACAAACAUAUCCGGUAAAUAACUGCGACAUCUAGGUUAUUGACGUAGAGAAACCACGUACUCCAGAAUGAUAUCUUUAUCUAGCAUUUGACAGUAACUAUUUAAGAAUUUGCAACAAAAAUGAUCAGUAUUGGUGACAUGAACGGUUGAAGAGAAGAAUUAAAAGUUUAAGUUUUAGUAAUUGAUAAUCAAAAAAAUGGGGAUGGAUUACAAUAAAUUGUAUCCUGAUGAUGACAGGGAAGGUGCCGUAAAAUUGCUUUGCUUUGACAUGACAAAGGCUAGUGAGAAAACAAGAUUUGUAUGGUGUUCAAUAGGUGUCUUCUUUUUUUAUAUUAUUUAUGGAUAUCUUCAGGAAUUAAUAUUUAGUUUAGAAGGAUUCCGGGAGUAUGGCUGGUAUCUGACAUUAAUACAAUUCGCUUAUUAUACAGUAUUUGGAAUUUUAGAAUCUAAAUUACGAGGAGUAACACGUCGGAUUCCAUUGUCGACUUACAUAAUUCUAGCUUUCUUAACAUUAGGUACAAUGGGAUUUUCAAAUUCAUCUCUUGGCUAUUUGAACUAUCCAACUCAAGUCAUAUUCAAAAGCUGUAAAUUAAUUCCAGUGCUGAUAGGAGGCAUAUUAAUUCAAGGAAAACAAUACGGACUUUUAGAUUUUGUAGCCGCAGGAUUUCUGUGUGCUGGUCUAGUAUUAUUUACUCUGGCAGACAGUAUGAUAUCCCCGCGAUUCAGUAUUAUCGGCGUGAUGAUGAUAAGUUCAGCUCUUCUGUGUGAUGCGAUAAUAGGAAACGUUCAAGAAAAAGCAAUGCGACAAUACAAAGCCACAAAUACUGAAAUUGUUCUCUAUUCAUACAGUAUUGGGUUUUUAUAUUUAUUUAUAAUAUUAUUUACAACUGGACAACUUACAAAAGGCGUUACAUUUUGUGCCGAUUAUCCAAUUGAGACUUAUGGGUACGCUUUUCUGUUCUCAAUCUCCGGAUAUCUUGGUAUCCAAAUGGUCUUGACACUGGUCCAAACUAGCGGCGCAUUCGUAGCAGCGACUGUUACAACCUGCCGUAAAGCAGUUACCAUAACAUUGAGCUUUAUUUUCUUCUACAAACCAUUUACAAUGCAAUAUUUGUGGUCUGGUUUGUUAGUUUUACUGGGCAUAUAUCUAAAUAUUAGGAGCAAACAGCGCGGCGGCAAUAAAGUAUCACUCAAGACAAUCUGGUCUUAUAUACAACAUUGCUGGUCUAAGCACAAUCAAAUUCAACGACAAUUAAUGAUGAACGUAUGACAAGUGAUAAUUAAUAAUUAAUAAUUAUGCCUGAUAAUAUUUUAUAAAAUAUUUAUUUGA